AUGUAUGAGUUCAGCUUCCCUAGGAAAUUCAUAUCACUGACAAAAAAGUGUACGGACGGAAUAAGAUAUCAAGUUAGAGUGGAUUUUACAUUAUCCGAAGAAUUUGAAGUGAUAACAGGGCUUAAGCAUGGUGGCGCACUAACGCCAAUACUUUUCAACAUAGCAUUAAAAAAAGUAAUACGCAGGGUACAAUAUAAUAAACUCGGAAUUAAUAUUGACGAAACUACGCUAGAUGUUCUAGGUUUUAUAGACGAUCUAAAUUUAGUAGGAGAAAACAAGGAAAUGAUUGUGCGAAAUACCAAAACACUCAUACAGGAAGCAAAAAAGAUUGGUUUAGAAAUAAAUGAGGAGGAAACCAAAGAAAUGAAAACGUUGCUUGAAAUAGACGAGGAAGAUCUUACAGUAGAUAAGAAUAGGUAUUUAAGAAAGCAUAUAGCUUCAAGUACCUAG